AGAGAGCGGGAGCUGGGCGGCGGAUCCCCUCCGCACUGGCACGAGACUCCCACAGAGCAUUUGGGACGCUUCGCUGCGGCCGGCUUUGGAUUUAGGCGACUAUGUCUUUAAGCAUCAGUCUGAAGAGGGUCACCAACCUCCCGGGGAGGCACGAGAGACGGGUGACCCUGGCCUUCAGAGGUUUCACGCAUAAAUCCAAGAAAAUCAACGCCGGAUCCGUGGCGGAGUUUGGCGAGUUAUUCCGUUGGCCACAUUAUGGGAAGCCGGUGUUUGAAGAAGUUCUUGUUGUCAAGGUGUACAACUGCAGCAAGGUAUUCUCUAACCGAUCGCUGGGCACCCUAAUAAUCAGCCUGCAGCACCUCCCGAAGAGCGGCCGCCUGAACCUAACGGAAGCCCUAGUGGACAAAAACUACAGCAUUACGGGGAUCUACGUUGAGUUGGAUAUCCGUUACCAGCCUCCCGAAGGCUCUGCUGGCGCGUGGCUGGGAGAUGACUUUUUCGCUUCGGUGGAAGACAGUUCUGCAUUCAUUAUCCGGAACGUUGGUUUUGAAGACGAGGAUUCCAACGCUGAAGCGGCUCGUAAAAAAGAUAUCGAUGCGGUGCGUAUCGGAAGGAAACUGGUGAAAGGUUCAGAUGAUGAUGAUGACGACGACUCUUACGAUGAUGCGGAAAUAGAGAUAUCUGGAGUUAAUUUCACUCCAGUGCUAAGCCGUUGUAACGUUCCCUUGAAGGACUUGACAGCCAACCCCAAACCUCGGAACUUCCAGAUCGCCGUCACUGUCAUACAGGCCCAAAAGCUUGUCGGGGUGAACAUUGACCCGGUGGUGCACGUGAAGGUUGGAGAUGAGAAACGACACACAAUGACCCAGAAAUCUACAAACUGCCCUUAUUACAACCAGUACUUUCUGUUUGAAUUCCUUGAGCCGCGGGAACUUGUAUUCAAUAAACUCAUUGAGAUUUCUGUUGUUCAUGCAAAAAAAAUCCCAUUUAUGGGAACACGUCUGGGGACGUUUAAAAUCGACGCAGGAACCGUGUACAAUCAGCAAGAUCACAGGUUUCUUCAGAAAUGGGCGGUUAUCACAGACCCGAAAGAUACCAGAGCUGGAAUAAAAGGUUUUGUGAAAUGUAACCUAUCUGUUCUUACGAGGGGAGACCCUAUGACCGCUCCGCCAUCUUCUACCAGUGGCCAGAAUGAUGAUGUUGAAAAAAACUUACUGCUUCCCAAGAGGGUUCCCGCAGAACGACCAUGGUCAAAAAUCUGUAUUAAAAUAUAUAAAGCCGAGGGUCUUCCAAGCAUGAGUUCUGGAAUUAUGGGAAGCUUCUCCAAGAUAAUGGGGGAGAAGAAAGUGUUUAUUGAUCCUUACGUCCAGGUUUCAUUUUCAGGGCAACAGGGUGAAACCUCCGUGGAGAGCGACACUACUUCCCCAGAGUGGAACGAGCAGAUCAGUUUCAUCGAGCAGUUUCCUCCUCUUGUGAGAAAGAUGAAAGUCCAAGUUCUAGACGAUGCUCACAUUGGGGAUGUGGCUCUGGCCACUCAUUUUAUCGACCUACAACAGAUAUCUGACCCAAGCAGAAAUGCUGGAUACAACCCAACUUUUGGACCAGCCUGGGUAAACCUGUACGGGUCUCCCCAAAACUACACGUUGAGAGACGUUCAUCGGGACCUGAAUGAAGGUCUCGGUGAGGGGAUAUUCUACAGAGGCCGCAUCCUUAUCGCCUUAUCCGUGGAAAUAUUUACCAAUAACAACGUGCAAGAAAAGAAACCAUUGCAGGCCUUAAAAAACGCAUUCAGCAAGUUGAAGAUGAAGAAAAAGAGUAAAAAAUCAAAGGAAAAGGAAAAAGAAAGUGUAGCAGAACAGAGUAAAGAAGGUGAAGGGGGUGAAGAAGAGAAAGAAAAUGAACAGCCUAAUGCCGUCACGGUCGAAGUUGAUGAUAUUCUACCAUUUCCAGAGAAUGCUCUGGGAACCAAGGAAGAAUUCCUUUUAUUCGGUGCGCUGUUUGAAGUCACGAUGAUCGACCCCAGUAUCGGCACCAAACCAGUAAAAUUUGAGUUUUCUAUAGGGAACUACGGAAAAGUGGCGGAGGUGAUCACAAAAACAUCCAAGAAGAAAGAGAGACCCGAGACCGUGCCCGAGGAGCGCCAGGGUCUGCUGGACACCGGUUCAGAAGAUGAACUGGAAGUGGACAUCCAGCCCGCAAGCUCUGAGCAGGAGGGUAAAUCGGUAACUCCCAGCAUGAGACCGGAACCAACAGAAUUCGACAGUUCAUACAGUUGUAUUCCUAUUGUGAACGACAAGCCGUGCGUAUAUGUGUGGAGUUACUGGGAGGACCACAGCUGGAGACUGUACAACUCCAACUGGAUUAUCAAGAUAGCGGAACGCCUGGAACAUGGACUCGAAGAAGUGGAAAAACUUACCAGAAGACCUAAAUCCAACCCAGAGGUGCGACUGAAGCAGGUUCUGGAAGAAUUUGUUGCCGGUUGCCGACAGUACUCGCUCAACUCAGGCAAGAGGGCAAUGACCCGGCCCAAUAACCUGGACCGAUGCAGAAUGAAAUCCCUCUCCCACAACAUUAUUCUUUAUGCAAAGCAAGCGCUGCGCGCGAGCCGGCGGCUGAACAAGCAUAACGUUAAAGAGAAGAUUAAAGACGCAAAGAAAAUCCUUACAAAAGUCAGAUACUUAGCCAAAGAGCCACAGUGCACACUGCCAGACGUUAUGGUCUGGCUGUUCAGUAAUAACAAGCGGAUCGCUUACACCCGGAUCCCGGCCCAGAACAUCCUCUACUCCGUGGUGGAAGAGGAGAAGGGAAAGGACUGCGGCAAAAUCACCACCGUGUUCUUCAAGACACCAGGAACGUACAACAGAGAAAUCUUUGCAAAAGCUGAAAUAUAUUUGUGGCUCGGAGUGACAAAGUACGCCAAGAACAGCACAGCCGACCUGCCGGAGGACUUCAAGCUGAUGUACGAGAGGAACGGCGAGCUCAUAGAUACCCCGACCCCAAAUCCACCCAUCCUGCUCAACCGAGAUGAUUACUGUUAUUUCCAACUCCGCGCUCACCUGUAUCAGGCCCGAGGCAUUCUGCCUGCUGAUGAUAAUGGCUUGUCUGAUCCUUUUGCUCGGGUAAUAUUUGGAAAUCAGUGUCAAAGUACCCAGGUCAUUAAUGAGACUCUGGCCCCACUGUGGAAUGAGCUCUUAAUAUUCGAUCAUCUUGUUAUUGACGGUAACAGGGAAGAUCUGAGGAACGAUCCCCCACUUAUUAUCAUCAACAUUUUUGAUAUGGACAAGUUUGGAUCUCCAGAUUUCUUGGGUCGGGCCUUUGCCACUCCUAUUGUUACUCUCCUGGGAGAUGACGAUAAUGAAGAUGAAAACCCAAAAUAUGUCCAGCCUUCCCUGCACUUCUUUGACAUUACAAAAGGGAACAUGGAUGCUGGGGAACUUAUAGCCAUCUUUGAGUUAAUAGAACUUGACAGCAAAAAGUAUUUGGAGCCAACAAUACCGGAUUAUGUGGAACCCAAAGAACCUGAAUUCAUGGACGAGCAAUCUGAACGCUUUAUUAUCCCUAGAGGCAUCCGUCCAGUACUAAAGGAGUUCCGAAUAGAGGUACUUUUCUGGGGCUUGAGAGAUUUGAGGAGGAUAAAUCUUUUCGAGGUGGAUCAGCCUCAAGUCCGCAUCGAAUGCGCCGGAAAGAUAGUGGAAUCCGAGGUUAUUUUAAAUUACAAAGAAUUCCCCAAUUUUACUGAGCUGGUUAAAUCUAUCGAAGUGGAACUGCCAGAACAGGUAUAUCUCCACCCGCCCCUAAGCAUCUUUGUUGUGGAGAAGCGAGCCUUUGGCCGCUCUGUCUUGGUGGGAACGACAGUGGUAUCUCAUCUCAUGAAGUUCGCUCCCAAAGAGUUAGAGGAAAAGAGCGAGGAAGAAGAGGAACAACAGAAACAAAAAAAGAACUUCCCUCGGAUAAACUCCAUGCCGCGUAUUACAAGCAAUGAAUCCGAUGACAAAGGAACAAGUAGCAGAUUCAACCCUCUUAACCUUGUGAAGGAUCCUCUCAAGAGUUUAAAUAAAGUCAUAAAGGAGGAAGAGCUGGAAGAAGAGAAACCAGAUCCAGAAGAGUUAGAUUGGUGGUCAAAGUACUACGAAUCUUUAAGAGAAAUAAAUGAUCAGAUCUAUGCUGCCGAAGAAGACGAGGAUGGAGAGAACGAAGAAGCUGGUGAUGCAGGGAACAUGAAUGUAGCCUCAUUAGAUGCUGAUGGUGAGGAGGACUUUACUGUUGAAAUAGAAGUUGUGAAGCCGAAGAGGAAAACAAUAGCGACUCUAACGAUCUACAAUUCUGAGCUGGAAAAUGAAUUUGACAAUUUUGAAGACUGGCUGCACGUUUUCCCCUUAUAUCGCGGCAAGGCGUUAGACGAUGACGAUGGUAACGAGGAAGAUAACUUUAUGGGAAAGUAUAAGGGUUCUUUUUACAUUUAUUCAGCAGAAGAGGCCACCUCCGACUUCCAAAUAAUGAAAGGUGUGCCAAGAAACCGCCCGGUGAAAGUUCUUGUCAGGAUAUACAUUGUUAAAGCGACUAACUUGUCCCCAGCAGAUCCUAAUGGAAAGGCCGAUCCAUACGUUGUUGUAAAGGUGGGAGAACAGCAGCACGACAGCAAGGAACGAUACAUCCCCAAACAGUUAAAUCCAGUGUUUGGAGAGGUGUUUGAAGUAACGAUCUCAUUCCCCAUGGAAUCAGAGCUCACAAUCUCGGUUUUUGACCACGAUCUCGUUGGUUCCGAUGACUUGAUUGGAGAAACAAAGUUGGAUCUGGAAAACCGUUUCUACAGCAACCAUCGAGCAAAUUGUGGAUUUGCAUCUCAGUAUGAUUCAGACGGAUAUAACAAAUGGAGGGAUGCAUUUAAACCAACCCAGAUUUUAAGCUCUUUGUGUAAGAAGCACAGUCUUCCAGCCCCGGAGUACCGGAGAGAGGAGGUCAAGGUGAACAGCAAGAUAUUUAAGAUACCCAGUGAAGCAUUUCCAAACGAGGCACAUGUGAGAGAUAAGAACAAAGAGGAGGAUGAGAUGUUGGCAGACUAUGAUGAGCACAAAGCCUUGUAUGUUCUUCAGCACUGGGACGAGAUGCCAGAGUAUGGCUGCCGACUGGUACCGGAGCAUUUAGAAGUGAGAACUCUUUACAAUGAAGAAAAUCCCGGCUUGGGACAGGGAUCCCUACAUAUGUGGAUUGACAUGUUCCCAAACGACGUUCCUGCACCUCCACCAGUGAACAUCAAGCCACGAGCACCAGUCAGUUAUGAGCUGCGUGUCAUCAUUUGGAAUACAGAUGAUGUCAUUCUAGAUGACGUUAAUCCAUUUACUGGCGAGCCAUCGAGUGACAUUUAUGUCAAGGGGUGGAUUAGAGGCUUGGAGGGUGACAAACAGGAAACCGAUGUACAUUUUAACUCCUUAACUGGAGAAGGGAACUUUAACUGGAGGUUUGUAUUCCGGUUCGACUAUCUCCCGACAGAGAAGGAGGUCACAUAUAAGAAGAAGGAAUCCAUCUUCUCCUUAGAGGAGUCAGAGUUCAGAGAACCAGCUGUCCUUGCCCUCCAAGUCUGGGAUUAUGACCGUAUUUCAGCUAACGAUUUUCUAGGAUCAAUAGAGCUGAAAUUAAGUGACAUGGUACGUGGAGCAAAGGCUGCCCAACAAUGUACAAUUAAAAUGGCCAAGGAUAGGGCCGCCCCCCGCUUCUCGAUCUUCAGGAACAAGCGCAUGAGAGGGUGGUGGCCCUUCAUCAAACUCAAAAGUGAGGAAGAUGAAGAGAGGGAGGAAAGAGAGGCCAAAGAGAAGAAAAAGAAGAAAAAGAAAAAGAGGAAGAAUGUGAAUCCCGAGGAUGUGCAGUUUACGGACCCAAGUGGGAAUACAUACAUAUUGGCAGGAAAAGUGGAAGCGGAGUUUCAGUUGUUGACGUUGGAGGAGGCCGAGAAGAGUCCGGUGGGACUGGCACGUAAGGAACCGGAGCCGCUGGAGAAACCAAACCGUCCUAAAACUUCCUUCAACUGGUUUGUCAACCCCCUGAAGACAUUCAUCUUCUUCAUCUGGAAGCGAUAUAAGAAAUACAUCAUCGCUCUGAUCAUCAUAGCCAUCCUGACAGUUUUCCUGGUUCUUAUACUGUACACCAUGCCUGGAUACAUCAGCGAGAAGAUUAUUAACGGAUAGUCCUCUCGGAUGUAGCGGACUAAAUAAAAAAGCGUGGCAUCCAUCAGAUCUACAAACUUUAAUUAUUCUGU